AUGGCGGCUGUAACGCGCCUCCUCCUCUUUGCGGUGCUUGUAUGGGGAGCAAGAGGAGGAGACGACGAUGGGAUGAAGGAAGAGAAGCUACCUCCUGCGUACGAUCCAGCAUCGUAUCCCAGUCCCGCACACAACCACUUGCUACACUUCCAGGAAGACGUCAACGAGUGGAAGUUCGAGACGACGCAGAACCUGCAGCGGCCCUUCAUGCAGCAGCUUUACGAGACUUCCAAGCAGCUGUACGAGGAUCCCUACGACGCCAAGUCCUACGUCGAUCUCAGGGAGCAGCUCAACUCGCACUGCAACCGGGUGUACAACCAAACAUGCGAAUGGCAAUUCAGCCCUCCUUACAACCCAAGGAACCAUGUGGAGAGGGAGGAGGGCACCUCGACGAAUGCUGCCAUCGUCUAUCUGUGCUGUGCAGAUGCGCAGGAGUUCCAGGACUUUCUGUGGUCCCUCAAGUUUCUUGAUCUCAACUUCAACAAUGAGUUCAAGUAUCCGGUGCUUAUCUUCCAUGAGAACUUCGGGACUGCUCAGUUCAACAUGAUCCGCCAAAUGUCCCAGUCCAACAUCAGUUUCCACAAAGUGAACCUGCAGGUCCCAAGGUUCCUGGACUUGCAGCAGGUACCCCGGUGGUACAAGGGAUUCUCCCUGGGGUUUCGCAACAUGAUCCGGUUCCAUGCUAUCGAGCUGUACGAACAUCCUGCCAUGCAGCACUUCGACUACUACUGGAGGCUCGACUCCGACUCCUUCAUCCUGGGCAGGUUGUGGGUGGAUCCCUUCGAGUUCAUGAGGAUCAACGACUACAAGUACGGCUUCAUAGCGACCAUGACGGAGAAGGAAGACUUCAUCCAGGACUUGUGGGAGCUGCACGAGGCGCAUCGAAGAUCGGAGGGCAUCGUGUCCGAAUGGUUCAAGGGCAAGUGGAACGGGUUCGGGUUCUACACCAACUGCGAGAUCGCGCGACGAGACUUCUGGCAGCUGCCUCAGGUCGCGUCCUAUCUCAAGAGGAUAGACCGGGAGGGAGGCAUCUACAAGUCGAGAUGGUCCGAGGCGACGAUUCACUUCCUUGCAACCACCCUCUUCUUGGCCUCACAGGAGCUGUUGCAGAUUGUGUUUCUGCCUUACUGGCAUCAAAAUCUCGUCAUCCUACCUCAGCCAUGGUCGGAGACGGACCAGACCAACCCGGACGGGACAGCCAAGGCGAGACAAGAUAGACAAGAGCCGAGGAGUUAG